UUCCCUCCAGGAGGGGCAGGUGAGGAGCUGCGGGUGAUUCAGCCUGACAAGUCAGUGGCAGUGGCAGCAGGAGAGACGGCCACUGUGAGCUGCACCAUGACCUCCAUUUCCCCUGUGGGGCCUGUCAUGUGGUUCAGGGGGACAGGGCCAGGCCGGGAGUUAAUCUAUAGUCAACAAGGAGGCCACUCCCUCCGAGUAACAAGUGCUGCAGACACCACGAGGAAAAACAACACGGACUUUUCCAUCCGCAUCAGCGACAUCACCCCAGCAGACACUGGCACCUACUACUGUGUGAAGUUCCGCAAAGGAAGCCCUAACACAGAGCUCAGGUCUGGAGCAGGCACUCGGCUCACCGUGAGUGCCCAACCCUCUCCCCCUGUGGUGUCAGCCCCUGUGGUCAGGGCCACACCUGGGCAGACAGUGAGCUUCACCUGCAAGUCCCAUGGCUUCUCCCCCAGGAGCAUCGUCCUGAGAUGGUUCAAAGAUGGGAAUGAGCUCCCAGCCUCCCAGCCCACUGUGGACCCAGAGGGAGACAGCCCUUCCUACAGCAUCUCCAGCACAGCCAAGGUGAAGCUUGCCCUGGGAGAUGUCCACUCCCAGGUCAUCUGUGAGGUGGCCCACAAGACUCCAAAUGGAGACACUACACUUCGUGGGACUGCCAGCCUGUCUGAGAUCAUUCGAGUUCCACCCACCUUGGAGGUUUCCCAACACACUGUGUCAGAGAACCAGGGAACCAUCAUCAUCUGCCAGGUGAAGAACUUCUACCCCCAACACCUACAGCUGAGCUGGUUGGAGAAUGGAAACACGUCCCGAACAGAAACAGCCUGGAUCCAGGUAGAGAACAAGGAUGGGACCUUCAACUGGAGGAGCUGUCUCCUAGUGAAUUCAUCUGCCCUCAGAGAGGCCGUGGUACUCACCUGUCUGGUGCAGCAUGAUGGGCAGCUGCCCGUCAGCAGGAACUUCACACUGGAGGCUCAGCAGAAGGAAAAAGGCCCACAGACGUCUACCACUAUUUUUGUGGUGUUCCUCCUGGGUCUCAAGACUCUGCUGGUGACGAGUUUCACAGUCACCUACAUCCACAGGUGGUGGAACCAGUAA